AUGGCGGACAACAAGGAGCUCGAGAAAACGGCGACAGCCCCGAAUAUUUGUGCACCAAUCGACCAGAUUGACAACGAUAUGGUUCAUGAAGGCGUCACACACAUUGCGUCUGAACCCAGAGACAGGUCUGAAGGGGCCAAAGUCCAUCCCCAACCGACUACCGAUCCAUUAGAUCCGCUCAACUGGUCAAAAUUCCAGAAGCAUGUCAUCUUGGGGAUUGUGAUGUUGAAAUAUUUUCUCUUCACUUACCUCACAACGACUACCGUCCCAUCAUUUACCGCGAUUCAAGAUCAAUAUCAGAUAAGCUAUAACCAAGUCAACUGGACGGUUGCCGUGCCUGCUCUUGGGCUUUCAGUCGGUCCAUUAAUCUGGUCCUCGCUCAGCGACAUCUAUGGUCGCCGCUUGAUUUUCCUGAUCGGAACACUUGUUGCAUUGGCCUCGACAGUCGGGGCCGCCGUGGCCGAUAGCUAUGCUGGAUACAUGGCAGCUCGUUUUUUUCAAGGCUUUGGUGUCAGCCCAGCUGCGACAGUGGGCAUGGCUGUUGUAAACGAUCUCUUCUUUGACUACGAGCGAGGGCAAAAGCUGGGAUUGUGGGUUUUGGCAAUCGACUCUGGACUACUCCUUGGCCCUACCUUUGGUGGCUUCCUUGACCUGGUCAGCCCAGCGUGGAUCAAUUGGUUCAAUGCAAUCUUAUUCGCUCUUCUCCUGGUCUUAGAAUUGUUCUUCAUGCCAGAGACACUGUAUCCUCGACAGACCAUGCUCCUUCGAUGCAAUAGCACAAUUGUGGGACAGGAUGGAGUUGAAGUUAGCGAGAAGACCGCAUAUGGAAACACAGACACCGCGAGGCAAAGCAACAUGGUAUCACUGGAAGUGAGCAUGCGCAGAACCAAAAGCCUGCCUUUUAUCAACCUGCGCCCUGUGCCCGGAGUCCGUCAUCCAAAGCCCUGGGAUUCGAUUAUCCGAUUCUUCAUCACUUUCCGAUUCCCAACUGUCUCGAUUGCUGUGAUCGGAUACUGUUUCCUUUGGUACUGGUGGGUUUUGAGUGUGAUCACCAUGGUUCCUGCUGCCUACCCGAACUAUGAACCUUUAAUUCAAGGGCUGCUAUUUUUGGGACUUUUUCUGGGCACCGUUCUGUCAGAAAUCUUCUGUUCUGGAAGAUUGAGUGAUCUCAUUGUUCGGAAAUUGUCCAAAAAGCAAGGCAAUGUUCGUGUUGCUGAAAUGCGAUUGUGGCUAGCUUACCCUGCGAUCAUUGUCACUGCAGUUGGCUUGAUUCUGUGGGGAGUCAGUAUUGACAAAAAUUACCACUGGAUGGUGGGACAGGUCGCAUUCUUCCUCUUUGCGGCUGGUAUUCAGAUCGGAAACACGGUGACGAGCAGUUACAUCGUGGAUAGUUACCCACUGCAAUCGAUGAGUGUGGUCACCUUCUAUUCUGUCUUUCUCAAUUUGAGCGCCUUUAUCAACCCUUUCUUCAUUGCGCCAUGGCAAGCAUCUGAUGGCUGGACGUGGACAUUCACCACGCAAGGCUUGAUUGUUCUUGUCGGAGGCUUCCUUGUUUUUGGUGCUCUGCAUAAGUUCGGGGGAAUCAUGAGGGGCAAGGCAGCGCAGCCCUCCUGGGUAAACCCCGAAUAUGACAGUAUUCUACAAGUUUCGGCAGUAUAG